AUGGGUGCCCCCCAUGGUUGUGGGGUGCAGACGGGAGGAACCCCCCAUCACCCCACUGAUGCCCCCGUUGCCGGCAGGUUCCAGAAGCACGUGCACACGUACCGCAUCCUGCCCGAUGAGGAGGACUUCCUGGCCGUGCAGACGUCCCAGGGGGUGCCGGUGCGGCGGUUCCAGACGCUGGGCGAGCUGAUCGCGCUGUACCUGCAGCCCAACCAGGGGCUCGUCUGCGCCCUGCUCUUCCCCGUCGAGCGCGACAAGGACCGCGACGCCGCCGAGGACCGGGACUACUCGGAUGGGGACGAUGAGAAACCCCCGCUGCCACCGCGCUGCGGCUCCAGCAGCGGCUGCAGCACCGCGGGGGGGCUCAGCCCGGCCGGCCCCGCAGCGGCCGUGCCCGAUGGGGCAGCCGAGAGCCCCAACGGUCCCUGCGCGCUGCCCCACGAGUACCUGCGGAGCGCUCAGUACUCGCUGGACCUGGCGGGGGUGCAGGGGGGGGCCACGGCCCUGCCGCACCUGAGCCGGGCGCUGGGCGCCUCCUGCCGGCGGCUGCACAGUGAGGUGGACAAGGUCCUGGCCGGGCUGGAGACCCUGGCCAAGGUGUUCGACCCCCAGAGCGCCCCCAGCGUGGGCAGGGCCCUGCAGCAGCCCAUGGGGCAGGGAGGGGAGCAGGAGCUGGAGACGCUGGUGCUGAAGCUGUCGGUGCUGAAGGAUUUUCUCUCCAGCAUCGAGAAGAAGGCGCUGAAGGCUCUGCAGGAGAUGAGCUCGGCCGCCCCCAGCACCCCCCCGCAGCCCCUGUCCCGCAAGGCCAAGAGCAUCCCGGUGCAGACCUUCGAGGUGAAGCUGGACGUCACCCUGGGGGACCUGACCAAGAUCGGGAAGUCCCAGAAGUACACGUUGAGCGUGGACGUGGAGGGGGGGAAGCUGGUGGUGCUCAAGAAGCAGAAGGACACGCAGGAGGACUGGAACACCUUCACCCACGACAAGAUCCGGCAGCUGAUCAAAUCCCAGCGCGUGCAGAACAAACUGGGCAUCGUCUUCGAGAAGGAGAAGGACAAAACGCAGCGGAAGGACUUCGUGUUCGCCAGCGCCAGGAAGCGAGAGGCCUUCUGCCAGCUCCUGCAGCUGAUGAAGAACCGCCAUUCCCACCAGGAUGAGCCCGACAUGAUCUCCAUCUUCAUCGGCACCUGGAACAUGGGCAGCGUCCCCCCCCCCAAGAGCAUCGCCUCGUGGGUGACGUCCAAGGGGCUGGGCAAGACCCUGGAGGAGGUGUCGGUGGCCCUGGCCCACGACAUCUACGUGCUGGGCACGCAGGAGAACUCCCUGGGCGACAAGGAGUGGGUGGACUUCCUGCGCGCCGCGCUCAAGGACUGCACCGACCUCGAGUACCGGCCGGUGGCGGUGCAGGCGCUGUGGAGCAUCAAGGUGGUGGUGCUGGUGAAGCCGGAGCACGAGAACCGCAUCAGCCACGUCAGCACCUCCAGCGUCAAGACCGGCAUCGCCAACACCCUGGGGAACAAAGGCGCCGUGGGGGUCUCGUUCAUGUUCAACGGCACCUCCCUGGGCUUCGUGAACUGUCACCUGACCUCGGGCAGCGAGAAGACGGCGCGGCGCAACCAGAACUACGUGGACAUCCUGCGCCUGCUGUCGCUGGGGGACAAGCAGCUGAGCUCCUUCGACAUCUCCCUGCGCUUCACCCACCUCUUCUGGUUCGGGGACCUCAACUACCGCCUGGACAUGGACGUCCAGGAGAUCCUCAACUACAUCGGGCGCCGGGAGCUGGAGCCGCUGCUCCGCGUGGACCAGCUCAACCUGGAGAAGGAGAAGCACAAAGUGUUCCUGCGCUUCGGGGAGGAGGAGAUCACGUUCCCCCCCACGUACCGCUACGAGAGGGGCUCCAGGGACACCUACGUGUGGCACAAGCAGAAGCCAACGGGGGUCCGUACCAACGUGCCCUCGUGGUGCGACCGCAUCCUCUGGAAGUCCUACCCCGAGACCCACAUCAACUGCAACGCCUAUGGUGAGCAGUGGGAGCCUCGGACACCACGGGCACCCUGA